ACAGACAGGCAGCUGGACGGAUGGUCAGACAGACAGACAGACAGACAGACAGACAGACAGACAGACAGACAGACAGACAGACAGACAGACAGACAGACAGACAGACAGACAGACAGACAGACAGACAGACAGACAGCUGGACGGAUGGUCAGGCAGGCCGACAGGCAGCUGGACGGAUGGUCAGACAGACAGACAGGCAGUUGGACGGAUGGUCAGACAGACAGACAGACAGACAGACAGACAGACAGACAGACAGACAGACAGACAGACAGACAGACAGACAGACAGACAGGCAGUUGGACGAAUGGUCAGACAUAUAGACAGACAGACAGGCAGCUGGACGGAUGGUCAGACAAACAGACAGGCAGCUGGACGGAUGGUCAGACAGAUAGACAGACAGACAGGCAGCUGGACGGAUGGUAAGACAGACAGACAGGCAGCUGGACGGAUGGUCAGACAGAAAGACAGACAGACAGGCAGCUGGACGGAUGGUCAGACAGUCAGACAGGCAGCUGGACGGAUGGUCAGACAGACAGACAGACAGACAGACAGACAGACAGACAGACAGACAGACAGACAGACAGACAGACAGACAGACAGACAGACAGACAGACAGACAGACAGACAGACAGACAGACAGACAGACAGACAGACAGACAGACAGACAGACAGAGAU